CACCGGCCUGGCCAGGGGGUGUAGCCUGCAGGGGAUACUAUCCAGGAACAGCUGCUCCGAUCACAGCUUCCACUUUCGUCGCCCGCCCGCUGCGCUUCUGCAGCUGGGCUGACGCCACGCAUCGAUUCGUCGGCGCUUUGCUCCGCCCGCUCGCCGCGUGCGGUACCUAUUCCCUUCCGGGUGCGGGCGGGCCCUGCAGGAGGGCAGGCGCGUCGCUCGUGGUCGAGUCACCUUGCAGCGCGGCGGCAGGUUCCUCCCGUGGAAGGGCGAUGGCCGGGCUGGUCAACCUGGAGGAUGAGGAGGAGGUGAAGGGCUACCUGGAGAACCUGGGCAUCGAGUACAGCUACCAGUGCUACAAGGAGGGUGACCCGGACGGUUGCCAUCGAUUGGCUGAUUAUUUGGAGGGGGUGAAGAAGGACUUUGAAGGAGCUGCCAAGGUGCUAAAAGAAAACUGUGAAAAGAAUGAGAACAGUGAGAGUUGCUAUAAACUUGGAGCUUAUUAUGCAACUGGGAAAGGUAGACUCAGCCAAGAUUUGAAAGCUGCCUACAACUGCUUUCUGAAGUCUUGCGAAAAAGGUGGGAAGAAAUCAAUAAAUGGUUGCCACAAUGUUGGACUUUUAGCACACGAUGGGCAAGUAAAUGAUCACAAACCUGACCCAGUCCUUGCCAGGGACUACUACACUAAAGCAUGUGAUGGCAGUUUUGCCCCUAGUUGCUUCAAUCUUAGUGCAAUAUAUCUUCAAGGAGCACCUGGGAUACCAAAGGACAUGAACCUGGCUUUGAAGUACUCUUUGAAAGCAUGUGACCUGGGUCAUGUGUGGGCAUGUGCCAAUGCCAGUCGAAUGUACAAACUCGGAGAUGGAAUUGAUAAGAGUGAUGCCAAGGCAGAGGCUCUGAAAAACAGGGCGAGAGAUCUACAUAAAGAACAACAGGAAGCUUCUAGAGCCUUAACAUUUGGGGAGUAAAUCCAAUUAAAUCAUUCACUGACUUCUAGGACUGCGCUUUUAAAUGAUGCAAAAACUUUUAGCUGCAAACAAAAAACCCACACCUGUUGCACUCACAAAAGAGGCAUCUGUAUGUAUGUGUUUGCAUGUGCAAAUUUUUGGAUGUGCAACUGAUGCAUGUACAACUUUGGUGUACCAUUAUCUGAAAACUUGGCCCUUUCAUACAGAAGUUUUUCAGGUGAACAAAUGUUUAGGGCCAAAUUUUCAAAGGCUCAGAGGACCCAGCUUUUAAAAUUGAAGGUGCAGUUCCACGUGCCGACUUGUGGCUGCAAUCUUCCACAUCCACACACAAUCAUAUGUGCAUAAUUACUCAAACCUGACUACGCAAAACUGUGUCUAAUUUUAGAGACUACUUUAGAUAUUAUUACUGGGACCCUAAGGAUGCUAUAUAGAAGAAUUUAUGUACUCUUUGAGCACUCUUCUUUUCUAAAGACAAGCUCUCACACUGAAAACCUCAGUUUGAAUCAUCACAGGACAUGCUCCUUCCACUGAUGCUGAAAUACACUGAUCACUGAAGGUGGUAUUUUUUUGGUCUUCUAAAUGUAGUUUCUUUAAUUGCACUUCUCUGUUUACCAGGGUUACAAAAGGGAUAUAACUUAGCUGACAUGGUGAUGAGUGAAGUUUUAAAAUUCAGAUGCGCACGUAUAAAUCUUGAUUUCUUGAAAGUCCAGUAAAUGUUAUCUAGAUACUUGUGAAUGUCAUUAGGUAUCCUUUAUUUGUGUAAGUUGUUUAGUCUAUUACAGAUGGGUUCAAUGUUUUAUUGAAUAAUUCAAUUCUUGUUUAUAACUUGAGUGAUUUUAAAAGUGCGUGUGUGAGAGAGCCCAAAUUAAAAAAUCCUUACUCAGGCUAAACUUGAAUAUUAGUCAAUGGGCAUUUUUGACUGAGCAAAGACUUCAGGAUGUGAUGUUUUUAAUUAUAAAAAACAAACCUACAGUAAAUUAUGGUGGAAUGUUUGUGUAUCUUACCACUAAGGGGCGCUUGUGUUCUAAAAGCCACACAAUGCUUUCUUCAUUUGAAAUUAAGAAAAGAGGCAUCAGUAUAAUAGUGCAUUUUUGUAUGGUGGAACUACAUUUCAUUUUUAUUUCCCUAAGUGGUACCAAUUUCAAAACUGAGAGCUGUCCUAUUAUACAAUAAACUCUACAUAUGUUUUAAGCA